AUGCAAUCAUUUUAAGACACUGAUAAUAAUAGUGAAAACUUGAAUGAAGAAGAUAAGUAAUGUAAUAUUGUGUAUAACUCAAGCAGUUCAAUAAAUCAGCAGGUCCCGUAGUUCCCUUAGAAGAAGGCACCCUCAUAUUCUCGUGAAGUCCCUCAAAUACUUAAAUUAUAAAAUUAAUUCAGAAAUGCUCAAGGAAACACUCGUCGAGAAUUGGAAUGUCAAUUAAUAAAAAGGUUGGUUGAUCUGAAAAAGAAUACCGAUUCGGAUUGGUACAGAUUGAAUGGAGUAUGGGCAUAGAAAUACACAACAUACUUAUAUGAUAAUUCAAGCACAUUGCCUGGUCCAAUUGACAAUACUGACUUGUUACAGAAUAAGAAUCAGGUGAGAAAUGUGGAUUUCUUUGUGGUCAAUGAGACAGUUUGGAAGUUCCUUCUUGAAGAGUAUAGUGGAGGUCCUGAAAUUCUGGAUGAGAAAAUUCCUCCAUCUCCAACCUCCAAUGCCAGUUCAACAACAGACAGAGCAAAGUCCGUUGAUAUCAGCAUAAUUUCAAGCGUGUCACAAUUGGAUAUAAAUCCUGAGAUUCCAAUCAAAGGGUUGAAGAAUGAAUUGUACUUUUGCUACAUGCAUUCAACAUUAUAAUGCAUGAUGAGUAUUUAGGAACUCAACAACUUCAUUUUAAAUAGUAUCAAUAGAUAACACUCAUAAUCUAUGACAUUAUGUCGUAAUUAUCAAGAACUUCUUCGAUAGCUCAAAGAUACCCAAUAUGAUUAUAUCAAAAUUAAUUCUUUGCGCAAUACUAUCAGUAAGAAAUUCAAUCCAAGACACCAACAUGAUGCCUAAGAAUUUUUGUUGUUUUUGAUAUCGAGUUUGGAAGAUGAAAUAAACAACUUCAAUAAAAAACAAGGGCAACAACAUCCAAAAUUGCCGAAUAUUAUUGAGAAAUAUCUUAAAGGAUAGACGAUAAGUGAAAUUAUUUGCAAAAAUUGUUCACAUAAGUCCUCAAUAACUGAAGAUUUCUUGACUUUAUCAUUGGCUUUGAAUAAAAUCAAUUCCAUUAAUCAAUCCUUGGAUGAAUUUCUUAAAGAUGAAUUGAUCCAGGAUUACAAAUGUGAUUCCUGCCAUAAAAAAAAAACAGCCAUCAAAAAAACAAGAAUUAUUAAAUUACCUUAAUAUUUAAUUCUACAUCUAAAAAGAUUCAAGUUUUUUCCAAAAUCAAACAAAAUAAUCUAACAUGUGAAGUUUUCACUGGAAUCUACUUUUUGUGGUAUCAAAUACAGUUUAGUUGGAAUUAUUGUCCAUUCUGGUUCUCUAGAGUAAGGUCACUAUUAUUCUUAUUGCAAGAGAUAAAAUAAAUGGUGGCUAUUCAAUGAUCAAAAGAUUAAAUAAGUAAACAACAUUGAUGUACUCUAACAAUAAGGAUAUAUAUUGUUUUAUUAAUAACUUCUAUGA